GUGUGUUUACACUGCGGACUCUCGAGAAUAUAGAUAGGUCACAGAAAUAAGAAUAUUUAUGGAUAUGCUUCUAACAUACUUUUUCAGAUGACAUGAUGGCCUGCGUGUGGUGCCAACAUUUACAAGCAGUUUGAGUCGUACUCCGGAUUUUGCUGUGUUUUGUUGGAAAUUUGAAGUGGGUAAAAAGAAAACUUCCGUGUAACCGAGAAACAUGCUGAAGCUCGAGGUGAUUGCUCUCGUGCUCUACGUCUUUCCAACACAGCUGUUGUCAAUCCAGGUUAAUGUUCCUCAGACGGAGAGAUACACAACUCUGUUUGCUUCUGUCAUUCUGCGGUGUGACUACUCCACCACUGCAAACCAACAAGAUGUCCUGGUCACAUGGCGAUACAAGUCUUUCUGUCUGGAUCCAAUCCUGGAAUAUUACUCAACUGCAUACCAAGCAGCUUUGGCCCUUAAGCAGGACCCAGCUAAUGAUUGUCCAGACAGUCAGCGCACUAUUCGCAUAGUGAUUCAGAAAAGGGGCAUCAACGAAGCUACUCUGGGGACAGAGUAUCGACAGCGCAAGAUCUCUUUACAAAAUACUGCAGACCUGGUAAUCAAUGAGGUCAUGUGGUGGGACAACGGCAUGUAUUACUGCUCCAUUGAUGCAGCCGGUGAUGUUGUGGGAGACUCUGACAAGGAAAUAAAACUCAUCGUGUAUCACUGGCUGACUGUGCUGCUCAUCAUUCUUGGGGCAUUGUUGCUGAUCAUACUGAUUGGUGUCUGCUGUUGUCAGUGCUGUCCUCAGAAUUGCUGCUGUUAUGUGCGUUGUCCCUGCUGUCCUCACACUUGUUGCUGUCCAGAAAAAGCGGUAAUGCACCACAAGAUGAUGCGUGACGCUCAAAAGGCAAUGGUACCAUGGCUUCAUGGACAGCCCAUUUAUGCCCCUAUUGCUUCAAAUGCAUCUUCUCAGGGAAACCCAUUACUGUAUUCAGGCUCAUUUUAUGAAACUCCAUCCAAACACAACUUUCCCAUGGGCCCAAUGGCCAUUCCUUCCCCUCAACCAGCACCUCCCCAUGGAUACCAUGCCAAUGUCACCAUGAAUGGGAAUGCACAUGGAAAUAACCAGGUGUUAGAUUUUGUGGAGAACCAGGUUAGAGGGAUGAAUAUGGGAACCUCGAUGCUCCAGCCUCAGCAUCACUACGCAGCAGUCCCGCUUCAAAACCUUCAACCUCAUUAUAUGGCCUCACAACCCCAACCCACACCACAGGCUGUGUCUUUUUCAGCCAGGCCACCCAGCAUGCUUUCAGCCCUGGAUGAGAUGGGUGUACAAGGUGUGGAGCGCAGAGUCAUCCAACUGCCUCCCAUUGUGGGGCGUGCAAAACAGAGCUCUCGGCGGGCUAAUGGUGGUGCCCAUGGGAGACUUCGGCAGUCUAGUCAGUCCAGUGGUAGUUCUAAUCGCACAGGUCAUCAUCGGGAUAACUCCUGGAGGGAGCAAGCAUCUUCACGAAGAGGGAUCCCACGCAGCUACAGUGACGAGUCAGACUGGGAUGACAGGCGUGGAGGGCGAGGUUCUGCAGGACGCAGAGGAGGUUCAGGUUCAGACAGGUCUCGUCCAUGUGCCCUCAGUAAAGGGGAGCUGUUGGAAGAGUUGGAGCGUGCGACUAAUCGGAGGGACAGGAGUUAUUCACCUGCUCCACGCAGGGGCUCCUGGAGUUCAGAUGAGGAGGACAGUUAUAGAAUGGAAAAACGAUCUCAAGGGAGAUUGUCUGAGAAACCACCAGCUUACUCUUCCAUUGACAUUCUGCCUGGCCACAGCAGGAGGAGCGACCACUUCUCAGAUAAGAGUUCUCGCAGUGGCACAAGCGUGGUGAUCUGAAUCCUCAACCUGCCUUGUCCUUCAUUUCCAAACUGAUCUGUCACUACUUACCACCUUCAUGAAUGUCUACUGGAGCAGUGUACUAUCAUUAGGACUAAUGGUGCACUUUUGCACUGAAAUUAAAAAUUGAUCACAGGUGGACUGCAUUAGAUAUCUGGAAGACAGUGAAUGCACUGUAUGCCUUUUUUUUUUUUUUUACGUGUAUUUUAUCUAUUUUAUUUUAAGCUGUAGAUAUGCAAUCACUUGAAAACAUUUGUUUGUUUUAUACUACUAAUGGAACUUUUUUAUUGUAUAUUGUUAAAGGAAUAUUCUGAAUUCAGAACAAAUUAGGCUCAAUUGACAGCAUCUUGUGGCAUAAUGUUAAUUAUCACAAACAUUUAUUUAGACUCGUCCCUCCUUUAAAAAAAGCAUGGAAGUGAAUGGGGCCAAUCGGUAAACGUUAAAAUACUCAAAAAUGUAGCCACAAAACGUAAACAAUAUGUGUGUUAAGAUGAUUUUAAUGUGAUAAAAUCGCUUAGUAAUCUUUUGUGUGUACAUGUACACCCAGUUUUACAACUUCGUUGCCAUGACAACAUAACGCUGUAAACCCUAAAACCUUAAAACAACUGUAAAAAUGUUGAUUUAAACAGCUUUACAGCUCCAUAAUACAUGAGUUUUAACAGAAGAAUUAAUGUAAGUGCUUUAAUAAAAUAAUAAGCUUCACAUUUCUGCCUUUAAACACUCCAAAAAUUGGCCCCAUUCACUUCCAUUGUAAGUGCCUCACUGUAACCUCGAUUUUUGUUUGUUUUAAAGAAAAGGAUGGACAAGUCAAAAUUAUUUGUUGUGGUAAUCAACAUUAUGCCACAAAUGCUGUCAACUGAGCUCAACUUUUGAACCCCGAAUAUUCCUUUAACCACAAACAGGGUUUCUGGUAUUUGAUUAGUACAAUAUGUGGAUGACGCUCAGUGGCACUUCAGUGAAGGUUAUACAUAAAAGAGCCUCUUUUGUUCAUUUAAGUGUUCUGUUUACUUCAGUUUGCUCUUUGGAGAUGUUCUUUUGUUGGUUUAGUUGUUUGUUUUCAUGUUUGGUACUUUCAUCUAAAUACCAUGUUUAUCAAGAGAAAGGUAACUGUUUCGGUGUCAGUACAAAUGUAUUUGCUAUUAGUCGCAUUAAAAAACAACACCAUAACACUCAAUUCUUACAUGAGCUGUACCAUCUGUUUCAAAGAGAAAAGCUUUCAAGGUCUUUUGGUUGACUCUUGAGUCAUGUGCUGAAAUUGCUGUAGACAUGGUUGGAAGUUACUUUUACAGGUUUUAUCUGGGAACAUCUGUUUGAAUACCUUCCUGCGUAUAUGUGAUUUUUUUUGUUCUUUUUUUUUUUUUUCUGAAAAAUGUCGACAGACUUUCCUCUUAUAAUUAAAUUGGACUGUUAUUACAAUAUGUGC